GGUGGUGUUCCUCGUUUCCUCCACCAUCUGCCCGGAGAAGAAGGCCCGAAAAACGGAAAAAUGGAGAAAUCAGGGUACGGAAAGGACGGCAUCUACAGAUCCCUCCGCCCUCGUAUCAUCAUCCCAACUGACCAAAACCUGUCGAUGUUCCCCUUCCUCUUCCGUAACUCCUCCUCCUACCCCCAAGCUCUGGCCAUUGCUGACGCCGACACUGGCGAAUCCCUCAACUUCGCCGCCUUCAAAUCAACGGUCCAUAAUGUCGCACGUGGCCUCCUCCGAUUGGGCAUUGCAAAGGGUGACGUCGUCCUCAUCUUCGCCCCCAACUCCCUCUACUUCCCUCUCUGCUUCUUCGGAACGGUCGCCCUCGGCGCCAUCGCCACCACCGCCAAUCCUCUUUACACCCCCAACGAACUCUCUAAGCAGGCCGUCGAUUCCCGUCCCAAGCUCAUCAUCACCACCCCCCAGUUAUGGGACAAGGUCAAGGAUCUACGUCUCCCAGCCGUGAUAAUCGGGUCGAGGAACCGCAGUCCUCCGAUCAUCUCCGAUCACAAGAUCACCUACUUCGAAGAUCUCGUCUCAGGGCCAUUACCCGACCUCCCGUCAGUGCCCGUCAGGCAAUCCGACACUGCAGCUCUCUUCUACUCCUCCGGCACGACCGGCAUCAGCAAGGGCGUGAUACUCACACACCGCAAUUUCAUCUCAGCCGCUCUCAUGACGGUCGCUGAUCAGGAGAACGAUGGCGAGGGGCGCAACACAUUCCUCUGCUUCCUUCCCAUGUUUCACAUCUUCGGACUGUCGAUCAUCACAUACGCGCAGCUGCAGCGGGGGAAUUCGCUGGUGACGAUGGGGAGGUUUGAUAUGGAGGCGGUCCUGAGGGCGGUUGAGAAGUAUAGGGUGACGUAUAUGUUCGUGGUUCCGCCGGUGAUGAUCGCACUCGCGAAGCAGAGCACUGCGAGGAAGUACGAUCUGUCGAGCUUGAAGCGAUUGGGGUCGGGUGCAGCCCCUUUGGGGAAGGAUAUCAUGGAGGAGUGCGCGAAGAACUUACCGCAUGCUAUCGUUGUUCAGGGAUAUGGUUUGACAGAAUCUUGUGGAAUUGUCUCAACAGAAAAUCCGAAGGGAGCAAUUCGCCAUUAUGGUUCUACAGGAACCCUUGUUCCAGGAGUUGAAUCCAAAAUAGUCAGUGUAGACACACUGAAACCUCUUCCUCCUAAUCAGUUGGGGGAAAUCUGGCUUCGAGGACCAAAUAUGAUGCAAGGUUAUUUCAACAAUCCACAAGCAACCGAAUUCACUGUAGAUAAACAAGGCUGGGUACAUACGGGAGAUCUGGGAUACUUUGAUGAUGAAGGACGAUUGUAUGUAGUUGACCGAAUGAAAGAGCUCAUCAAGUAUAAAGGGUAUCAGGUUGCACCUGCAGAGCUUGAGGGGCUUCUUCUUUCUCACCCUGAAAUCCUAGAUGCUGUCGUCAUCCCGUUUCCUGAUGCUGAAGCGGGUGAGAUUCCUAUCGCAUAUGUCGUCCGCUCACCCAAGAGCUCACUGACUGAAGAACAUGUUAAGGAAUUUAUUGCAAAGCAGGUUGCACCCUUCAAGAAAUUGCGGAGGGUAACGUUUGUAAACAGCGUACCGAAAUCGGUGGCAGGAAAGAUCCUUAGAAGAGAACUUAUUGAGAAAGUUAGGCCGAAGCUAUAAAAUAUGUAUGCAACAUCAUCUCUUCUACUCUGCUUCUGUAGGCAAUAAAAUAACUAUGGUCCAUCUCUCACACGCAUUCUCUAUCCGUUGAUCGAAAACCACAUCGGUGGGGUGUGUGAGCAGCUGCAUUAUGGUCUGAGUGAUUUUAGAGGAAUGAUGCAGUGUAUAGCUUAAACACUGCAUUAAUGAUGUGUGCUGAAUGAGCAUUGAGCAGGUAAUGGGUCCAUCAAUUGAAUAACAUGUUUUGAAUAA